CAAUACAGGUCAGGAAGGAUCCACUUCCGGAACUUCUACUAUGUCCGGAAGUGGAACUGUUGUCACACUGUUUAAUGUUCAUACUCGGCGAUGUGACAUGGCUCUCUAAUUUAUAAAGAAAUGUGUCAGGCUUAGUCAUGAACUGUACUUGAACCGACAUGACGACAGCGAGUGAAGCGUGACAAAAUAAGCGCCUAUGGAGACGCCACAUGGCCGGUAACAUACAGGCUAACUAGCAUAGCCGCUGUGUUAUGAUGGCGACGGUGCACUGGAUGAAGAUGCUCAAAGCAGCAAUGAAGAGGGUGACGGCGGUCACAGCUGGCUGGUAGUUUGGAACUCAAAGGAGCCAUGAGAGGCGACGGGAGAGAGGAGAGUUGUGAUGGCAGUCUCUAUGAGGACCAGGACUUCCCCUCCGAUGACUCGUCAGUGUUCUGUGACAGCUCCACACCCAUCUCUAGGCUGCAAGGACACAUCACCUGGCUGCGUCCACAGGAGAUCUGCCAAUCACCGGUGUUCUUCCCUGACAACAUCUACCAAAGUCAUGCCAAACAAGGUUUACUGGGAGACUGCUGGUUUUUGUGUGCUUGCUCCAUGCUGAUCAGGAACAAACAUCUUCUGGACAAAGUCUUUCCUGCCCAGCAACCUCUGUGGAGUGACAGCAGCUACCGCGGCUCCUUUCACUUUUACUUUUGGCAAAAUGGACUCUGGACUGAGGUCACCAUUGAUGACCGCCUGCCUUGUGUUGACUCCGCUCUGUGCUUCUCACACUGCAAUGGCCCCUCUGCAUUCUGGGUGGCUCUGCUGGAGAAGGCAUAUGCCAAACUUCGUGGCUCGUACGAACAACUGUGGGCGGGGCAGGUGUCCGAAGCCUUAGUGGACUUGACUGGGGGUCUUGCAGAGAGCUGGACCAUGUCCGGCAUCAGUUCAGAAGAGGAAGAGAAACCAGAAGAGAGUCACAGUCAGGCCAGGAUGAGCAGAAAGCUGGACCUGGAUCUUAUGUACCCAAUGAGAGCUUUUUGCGUACUCUGUUGCUCCACUCAGCACAUCCUUGGAGGAGGUGAGGAGGUGGGUCAGCAGCACCAUGCCAUGGCUGUGAUGGAGUGGUUGGAUGUGAAGACAGUAGCAGGGAGCAGCAGAGUGAGACUGUUCAGGAUCAGAAACCCCUGGGGGAGGUGCUGCUGGGGCGGAGCUUGGACAGAAAGUGGAGCAGGAUGGCGCUCCCUUGACUCAUCUGAGGCUUUGGCUCUCCAAGCCAGGGUGUCACAGGGUGAGUUCUGGUUGGAUGAGACGGAAUUCCUGUCCAAGUUUGAUGAUGUCACCGUCGGCUACCCUAUCAGUGAGGAGGGGCACCUGCAAAGCAUCUAUACUGGAAACGCGCUACCUUACUGCCAUCAGUUCCCCGGCCGCUGGGUGAAGGGCCUCUCCUGUGGUGGAAGUCGAAACAGCCGGGGCUACCUCGAUAACCCCAAGUUCUGGCUGAAGAUGUGCAACAGAGGAGAGGUUCUUGUCUCCCUUCUGCAGUACAGAAAGUGGACCAAAAUGGAGGACCAAUUUGCGGACACACCUCCCGGGAACGACAUGAGACACCAGCACUACCACGCCAUUGCAUUACACAUGUGGAAGGUGGAGAAGAAGCGUUUUAAUCUGAGCCGUACUGUAAACAAGCCUCCAUGUGCUUCCACUCACUGCCACGCCCACCAGAGAGAGGUGGUCUUGCAUGGGCAGCUGGAGCCCGGGCACUACCUUCUCAUCCCCAGCGCCUACCAGCUGGGAGCAGAGGGCCGCUUCCUUAUCAGGGUCUUCUCUUCGUCUGUUUCCUCCCUCAGUGCCUUGAAGAGCCUAGCACCUUCCCUGCCAUCAACCACAGAAGGAGAGUGGGAGACAACUUAUUUCCAGGGUUCGUGGGCAAAGGGAAGCUCCGCCGGGGGAAGCAGGAACUUCACUUCUCACCGACAGAACCCUUGCUUCCCUUUUACGAUUUAUGAUGAGCCUGUAGCUAUGGCGGGCGCCAACGUCAAUGUUACCCUGAGCCAGAUCUGCAACGACGCCGACCUGCACCCCAUCGGCUUUCAUAUAUAUAAGGUACCAGCAGGGGAACUCAGUCAGACCAUCCCCAGUGAGGAUCCAGUCGCCAGCUGUGUUCCUCACUGCUACACUCAGGAUGUCACUAUGGCCUGCUCUCUUCCAGCCAGAGCUUACGUCAUCGUACCGUCCACGUACGAGCCUAACUGCACCGGAGCCUUCACCAUCUGCCUUGCUCGCAGAAUACAGAGGAGAGUUGUGAAAAGCCAGGAGAAGCUGGGAAGAACCAUUCAGGAGGUGACUCACAUCUCUGUGAUGCAAAGCCAGCUCUCUUGAAGUCGGCACAGGAUGAAAGGACCCCCCUGCCCUCGCCAUGGAGACAUGCAUGUGGAGCAGUGGGAAUGUGUGCGUCCGCUGGGACUUCCCUUUAUCCUGAACUGCUGAGGCUCAGGGCUGGAUGGGCAGCAGCCCCACUCAUUGGCCAUUAAGACAUCAGAGGCUGUCGGUGGGCUGGGCUGCUAAUGAACUAUGACUGGACCGGCCGGUGUAAACAAACAGCCGCCAUUGAAGAAGGCCGCCACCGCUGUUUGCUCAUUCGGUCGCUGAUGUGCUUGCCGGAGCAGAACAAAGGGUCCUCUCAUGAAGGUCCUCACAGAAGCGGGCAAGGGGUGAGUGGUUGGU